UGUUGGUGGAGGCUCAGUGACACGCAGCUGCUGGUGUCUUCUCUGAAGUACAGGUGAGCCAUGCCUUUUGUUUCUGGAAGUAAAUCUUCGGAAGGUGUUCCCACGCCUUGCCCACAUGCAGCUGACCCAGAUGCCACUUGGGGUCAAAAGUCCUCCGGUGUGAAUGGGGAUGCCACAACUGUCACCAGUGGUGACAGGUUAUAUGCAAAUGAAGAACAGGGCUGUCUCAAAGUUCCAGAUGAAUCAUACCAUGAAAGUGGGAAAACCAGUGAGAGUGAGAUGGAGAACAGAGGAGUGACUGCCGAUCGGAGGAACUGGAUCCGUCCUGAUUUGCCUAGCAGGUGUACCUGGAGGCUGGGUGCGCCAAUUUCUGAGUCACCUCACUGUCACCCAGAACGCACCGGGACUCCCAGCAUCCUCCCCAACAUCCUCGGGAAAAUUGGACACACACCGCUGGUUCGUUUGAACAAAAUCCCAAAGGAGUUUGGACUCAAGUGCGACAUUUUGGCCAAGUGUGAGUUCUUCAAUGCAGGAGGCAGCGUGAAAGACAGGAUCGCCCUGCGGAUGUUGGAGGAUGCCGAGAGAGCCGGGAUCCUCAAACCAGGAGACACAAUCAUCGAGCCCACCUCUGGAAACACAGGUAUUGGCCUCGCCCUCACAGCUGCGGUGAAAGGCUAUCACUGCAUUAUCACCAUGCCUGAGAAGAUGAGCAUGGAAAAGGUGGAUGUGUUGCGAGCUCUCGGGGCAGAAAUUGUGCGCACACCUACAUCUGCAGCUUUCGAUUCACCAGAAUCUCACGUAGGUGCCGCGUGGCGUCUAAAGAAUGAGAUCCCCAACUCCCACGUCCUCGACCAGUACCGCAAUCCCAGCAACCCCUUGGCUCACUAUGACACCACAGCUGAGGAGAUACUGGAGCAGUGCGAUGGUAAAUUGGACAUGUUGGUGGCUGGAGCUGGCACAGGUGGUACACUCACAGGUGUUGCUCGGAAGUUGAAGGAGAGGUGUCCCAACGUCAAGAUAGUCGGUGUGGACCCUGAAGGCUCCAUUCUGGUUGAAUCAAAGGAGAAGAAUGAAACAAAGGUUAUGUAUGAAGUGGAGGGCAUUGGAUAUGACUUCAUCCCCACAGUUUUGGACAGAUGUGUUGUUGACAUGUGGUAUAAAUCAAGCGAUAUGGAGACGUUCACCAUGUCACACAAGCUGAUCAGAGAGGAGGGUCUUCUGUGUGGCGGCAGCUCUGGUUCAGCCAUGGCAGCAGCAGUGAAGAUUGCUCAGCAGCUUGAGGAGGGACAGCGCUGUGUGGUCAUUCUGGCCGACUCCAUCCGCAACUACAUGUCCAAAUUCCUGCGUGAUGAGUGGAUGUAUGAGAAGGGGUUCCUCAGCCUGGAGGCUCCGAUGGACCUCAAACCCUGGUGGUGGAGCCUGACUGUCCAGAGUCUACACCUGUCUGCCCCCAUCACUGUCCUACCAUGUGUGUCCUGCCAGAAAACCAUUGAGAUCCUGAAGGAGAAAGCAUUCGACCAGGCCCCAGUCGUCGCUGAGUCGGGUGUGAUCCUGGGGGUGGUGACCAUGCAAACCAUACUGUCCUCUGUGUCAGCUGGGAAGGUAAAACCCUCAGACGCUGUCAGCCAAGUGUUCUGCAAGACUUUCAAACAGGUGCACCUGACGGACAGCUUGGGCAAGUUGUCCCGUAUCCUCGAAACAGACAACAUUGCCCUGGUGGUGCAUGAUCACACCCAGUAUGAGGCUGAUGGGUCAGCCUCCCAGAGGCAGAUCCUGUUUGGUGUUGUGACAGCGAUUGACCUCCUAAGUUACAUCACCACACAUGAGAGUCAGGAUCUGUGCCCAUUUCCUGUUUAAGACGAGAUCCAUACCACCUGCUUACUAAGAGGCAGCACAUGAUCACCUGUGGUCUAAAUCGUUUAUUUUCAUGGUUUUACAGUUGUUAUUUUCUUUUCCCCAUCUGUUUUCCCAUCUUUAGUUCCACAUAAGCAGUUGGCGCUAUGUAGUUUCAAUAUAUCAUGCUCUUAAAUCAAAUGUAAAGGAUAAGGCAGGUGAGAGUCUGUAUUUUUAUUUUAUAUUUUUCUCAUUGUCUGCUAAUCCAAUGAAAAUACCAAAAAAAACAACAAAAACACAUCCCAGUGUUGCACUGGCCAAUAUGCUCCUCCAUUAUGAUUGACAUGAGAACUGUUGUUGCAAUGUUGUUGUAAAGACUCACUGGUGCGCCAAAUGUGUAUGAAUCUGCAGCUGAAAAUAGUCCUCAGCAAAUGCACUAGUCACUCCUGUUUGAGUAGAAUUUGUUAAAAAUUAGAGAGCCGAGCUGAUAUAGGAAAUUAUUUAAUUUGUUUAAAAAGAAAAAAAAACAUAUGUUUAGAAUCUGUUAAGGUUUACAUCUUCAGUGAGAACACAUGGACUUGGGCCAUAGGUACAGGGUAGGGAUGUCAGACAGCAAGCACACUCUUGGUUUAGGUUUUUCCUGGAUGUGCAGGCAUUAAGGAACAUAUAAAAACAGGUCUGGUUUAUCCUUUAAUA